CUGACCAACACGGUUCCUGAACUCAGUCGAUUCACAGCAUGCAUUGACCUGGUAUUCGUGGAUGACAAAUCAAGCGAUUGGAUGGCCUUCUCCUACGUGGGCAGAGAAGACAUAGACCUUGGACUUGCAGGAGACCAUCAGCAGCUAAUACUGUACAACUUGGGGAGGACUUUUUAUAUCCGUUACCAACUGACUCCGUUUCAGUGGCAUACAAUCUGCUUGAUAUGGGAUGGUGUGAAGGGCAGGUUAGAGCUCUUCCUGAAUACAGAAAGCAUACUGGUAGUGAUGGAUCAACCACAAAGCCUGACACCUAAUGGGACUCUGAUUCUAGGACAUUUUCUCAAGAACUGGGACAGCCAGGUUAAAAGCCCACUGCCUGGCUUCGCUGGCAGCUUGUACUACUUUCAACUCUGGGACCACGUCCUGGAAAAUGAGGACUUUAUGAAGUGUUUGGGUGGAAACGUAGUUAGUUGGGAAGAAGAUGUUUGGCUCAUCAACAAGGUCAUCCCAACUGUUGACAUGAGACUGCGCUGCUGUGAGUAACUUCUGAAUUGUCCUCCUAGGCAAGGGUUGUGCUGAUGCAGUCGUCUGCUUGCUGCUCUGGAUGACCCACUCUUGGCCAAGGCUCUGUUUUCUUCAGAGGGGCCCACGGUUGCCACCAUUUUGUCAUCUUUUUUUUUUAAU